UCGGAAUUAUCGAUCUUUUCGAACUCUUCAGUGCAUGAAGGGAAAAAAGCCAUUGUUUACAUGGAGGGAAAAUGGCAGCGAUGUCGUCUGGGGUGUGUGAUUUUGGUGAAGGUUGUGAAGAAAAGGCGAUAUAUUAUUUGAAAGACUGUGUAAAACAAACCUUUCACCAUCUCAAACACCUAAAUUCGAACUCUAAGGGUAUAGAUCUGCCCAAAAGUUAUCUAAUACUAUGCAGAGCAGGUGUUAAUGUGAUCACGUUAGCACAACUAGACAAGAAAAUUUGCCAAGAACACAGAGACGCGCUUGGUCUGUACUGGAAACGGAGCAAGCGAUCUUGUGUACAUCCCUUUCAUGGAAAAUCUAAAACAAAACCAGACAGAGGCAUCACACCAGUUUUGAGUCGGGAACUUUGGUUGCGUCUACAACUGUCAGUCCCGAUAGGCGAAGCUGUAUGCAGAACAUGUGUUUCUAAACACAAAGCAGAUCUCGGUCUUGGUGAACAAGUUGUGGAAGAAAUAAAAGACAGAGUUGAGCAGCUGACCAUGUCAACUAGUGCCUCAUUACCUUCACCUAAUCUGAGAGACUGCACUGAAGUCAAUGAUGUUAACAACAAUGUUAACCCUGCUGAAGAAACUGAUGUAGUAUCACAUGUCUCUCAGACAAAUGAACUUGACCAAGAUAUCAUGAUGUCAGAUAGUGAAUCUCUGCAUUUGUCUCAGUCCACUGCAGCAUCAAAUUGGUCAGAUAUGCAAAAGUCUUUAAGGGAGAAGUACAAUGAUGCAAUGCAAAUGUUGACAAACGGCCACAUGGAAUGCCUACGCUCCCAAGUAAGCCAACCUCUGCAGGACUUGCAGUACUCAACAAGAGCAUAUUAUGUGCGUCAUGCAAAAGCUGCUUUUGAAUAUAUUUGUGACAUCAUUGCUCCUGGCCAGAGUCAACAACUCCUUGAUGAAGUGAUCAACAGCUACAAAGGCUCAGCCAUAUUCCAUCAAGAUUCAAUGACAGACACAGUAACUGAGGCAUACAAGAAGGCUACAGAUCAUACAACUCGCACUCAGAUUCUAUCCCUAAUUGCAAGUAAAUAUAGCAAAUCCAUACUGUUGAGGAUGAUUGAGGGUUUGACAAUCUGA